UGCUGUUUGCGUCUGGAAGCGAUCUGUGGAGAUUGUACAAUGGCUCCGUUUCAUGCUCCCAGCUCGGACAUUUCCUCGGUCAUCUGAGUACAGGAGCUUGUUUUUCCUCCUCUUUAUUUGAUGCAUUCGGAGGCGUGCCGAUCCGAGCCGAUCCGGGCCGAGCCGGGUCAGGCUUGGCUCCUUAUAUCUUCAUGUGAUCUCGAUGGGAGGUGUUUUAACUCGGUGGGGAGGAGAGCGAAAAAAAUAGUUGGUCAAGAUCCAUCCCGGCUGCAGUUAGGAGCUGACCUUCUCCUCCACGGAGUUGCCGGCUCGUUGGGAUAUUUUUUUCGUCCGUUGCGCGGCUCCCUCCGUCCGGACGGUGACGCGCUGCAGAUCCGAUUAUGGGAGACGCUCAGUCUGCGCCACGGGAGGCCAAAAGCGAUGCAGCAGCAGCGGAGGAGGAGGAAGAGGAGGAGGAGGAGAGCGGGGAAGUGAAGGAUGUGGAGACCGGACAGGACAUCGACGACAAGGUUCUCAGAAACAAUGGACAGAUCUCUGACAUCAACAGAAAAGCAGAGCUGAAUGGUCACUGUGAGGAUGAGAUUGGCACUGAAGCUGCUGUUUGUCCAGACAUAAACGUUUCAGAGCCACCAAAAGAAGAAGAGACACCCUUAGAAAAUGAGGACAUUAAUUUGAGGAAAGUGACUGAAGAAACUGGAGACGAACAGGUUGGACACGAUGAUCUGAUCGAAAUGGAUGCCAAGCAGAAUGACAUCAAUGAAAGUUUCAGGAAGUUUUUCAGCAACAUUGGCCUGAAACUGACAGUAAAGAGAGGCUCCACUGACAGAAGUGCAGUCCCAAUAGACAUGACGGAGGAGGAGCAGAGCAAACCAGAAGAUGUUAUGGUUGAACAGCCAACGAAUGAAAUAAUUGAGGAGGCUCAAGAAAGCACAGAUCUCAAGAUGGCAGAGGAGGCUGUGGAAAACGAUUCAACAGUGUGCCAGACGCUGACAGAUGUUACACCUAAUGAUUUUCAGGACAAAGAAGACGAGAAAACAAUAGGAACCAAAGAGGAAAAUACAUCCCAUGAUGCAGGAACAUCUUCACCUCUCAGCGAGGAUGUUACAUCGCAAGAGGACCCACGUCCAGCAUCUCCAGCUGGGCUUGACGAAAAUGCAAGCCCAUUUAAAAAGUUUUUUACAACUGGAAUCUUUUCCAGUCUUCGAAAGAAAAAGAAGUUUGAAGAUGAUGAAGUAGGACAGAAAGAAGAGGAAAAGGCGACCCAGGAAUCAUGUGAACACCACCAUGAGGUAGACGUUGCUCCAACUGAGAAAGAGCUUCAUGAAGAGAAAACUGAAGAGGAAAGGCCAAUCACCAAAUCAGCUACAGCACCAUCUAUUGUCGUAAAUGAAAUCACCAAUUCUCAGGAAAUUGUUCAAGAAAGUCCCCUGAAAAGGCUUUUGUCAGGCUCUAGUUUCAAGAAACGAGGCAAAAAGCAAAAGGGCAGAAAAUCAAGUGACACAAAGCUGUCCGACUCUGGAGAACAUGUUUCAGAUCAGCUUCUGUCAUCAGCAGAGUCUGCAGACAACAAGAAAGAGGAAACUCCUUCAGAGGUGGUGAAUGGGGAAGAUGGGGCUUGGUUUUCAUUCAAAAAGCUUGUAACUCCCCAACGGAGGAAGAAGUCAUCUGUGGACCAUGAAGAGUGGCCAAUUCCAGGUUCAAAAGAUGGACCGAAAUCAGCUGAAGCAGAGCAAAUAUCAGAUCACAGCACAGAGGAAGGGAAAAGGAGAAAAGAUUCGUCUGUGUCAUGGGAAGCUGUGUUGUGUGGAUCUGGAAGAAGAAGAAGCCGGAAAACAUCAGACUCUGAGGAUGAUAUGCCUCAAAAUAGUGACGGUAGCAAGCAAAAUGGUGGCUCUAAAGAACCACUGAUUGGAACGUCUAAUGAGAUGCAGGAGAUUCUGGCGUCAUCCCCAAAACAGACAGGAAGUCCUCCAGAGGAAGACGAAAGCUCAACAUGGAGGUCGUUUAAAAAACUUGUCACUCCCAAAAAGAAAGUGAAGGAGGAAGAAGAAAGCACCAUUGAAGCUGGCCAAGAUGAUUCUGCCUUUUCCAUAAAGAAACUCCUGUCAGGAAGAAAAACAAGAAAGUCUGUUGAUGUUUCUGGUGAGGAGGUCGGUAAAGAGGUGGCAAGUAUCGAUGACGAGGACUCCGAGACACCUGCUGUGGUUCCACUGUCUGAAUUUGAUUUACCUGAAACAGAACCAAUGGCAGAAAAAGAAAGUAAUAUAGCAAAAGAUGUAGAUGGUGAGCCUCAAAUGGGAACCAUUGAGAUCAAAGAGGAAGUCCAGUUACAGGACACUGCACCCACCGAGCCAAAAGACAUCCCAAGCCAUGAAGGAGCUUUAGAAAAAGAGGCUUCAUCAGCCGCAACUACAGAUGAAGAACCAGACGAGCUCACAGACUCAAGCAAUCAACAGCUCAGUGAUAUCCCAGAGGAGGGGAUCAUUACAGAGACCACCCCAGCCUCAGUGGCGGAGGAGGCAGCAAAAGACGAAACAAUAGCAGAGGACCUGCUGGAGAUCACAUCUGACGCCAUAACCGCUCCGGAGCCAGCAGAUGUUACCUUGGCAGAUGACACAGAGAUGGUGUCCGCAGUUUCCCAGUUAUCAGAGUCUUCAAAAACAUCUGGUAACACAACACCUGUCCCAGCAGAGUACACCAUCAUGAACACAGAAUCCCUCCUGCAGCAGGUUUCUGAGACUAUCGCUGCAAGCCCGAAGGCAGUUCCAGUGUGUUUGGAGGAACAGAGUCCUGAAAAAGCUUUUUGUUCAGUGUCACAUCAAAUACUUAAAUUGUCUGUAUUAGACCAGCCCAAAAUGCUGGAAGUACACAGAGGAUCAGAAGCAACAAGCAUAAAGACAGGCCUAAAUGCUGAAGGACUUGAUGCAGUGAAUGAAGUUGCAGCAACAAUCCAAGCCGAGAGCAUCUCUCACCUUAGUGAGGCCAUUUCUACAGAAAUGGCUUCAGAAGUUCCUAAAGAGGAGCCUGACUCUGCUGAGCCAGCCACAGAUGACAUCUGUGAGGUAAGCGUUUCAGAAUUACAAAAAGACAUAAAAGAUUUGGAAAUUACAACAGAGAGGCAGCAUGUAGUUGAAGGUGCAGGGGAUGUAGUAGAAGCAGUGUCAAAAGAGAGUUUACCUAAAGGAGAAGAAGUUACAGCGACUGAAGAACUUAUUACUGGUCAAGCUGAAAGAAAAACAGAUUUCGAAGAAGAAUUAGCGGUAACAUCAGUAGAUGACACCGAGGAAGUAGGUGAGAAGGAGGAAGACCAAACUGUGACAGAAGAGGACAUUGAAACCAAAAAGCAAGCUCAAAAUGAGGUUAAACCUCCUGAUGCAGUGGAUGAGCUGGAAGAACAGGCAAGACAAGAAAAAGCUGAGGUGGCCAAAGGAGAGUAUGAUAUUCACUCACCUGAAGAAAGGUCCCGAGAGACAAUUCAAUUAACUGAAACACCCUCACAGGAUCUUAGUGAAGAACCCAAAGACAACAAAGAAUCUCCAGUAGUGGAAGCUAAAACUGAACAAAGAGCAGUGACAGAAGUUGUAAAAGCUGCUGCAACAGAGUUGGUAGAGGAUCUGGUUCAGACACUCAACACAGAAGUAUCAGUUUCAGAAAAUAUUUUCAUAGCUGAAAUAGACACAGACAAGUCAAAAACAGUAGAGUCUCUACCUGAAAUGACUGAGGAGACAGAAAAGAAAGGGCCACAAAAUGAUCAGUCUGAGGUUACAGUAGAAUUAGAAAGUGUUCAAGCACCAAUGUUAGAGUCACAAAAGGAUGCAGUUGUGUCCCUUGAUGAAGUGUCAUCAUUGCCAGACCUUUCGCCAGCUGAAAAAGAUCCCAAACAAGUAGAGUCUCUCACUAAAGUCAUUGAUGAGCAAGAAGACAAAGAGGUCAAAACGGAUGCAACUCAAACGGACAAUGCUGAACUCAAAGAAUUGAGAUCUGUAGAAACACCAACAGUGACAUCUGAAGAGGAUCUAGUUCAGUCCCUUAAUAAAGAGGCUGAAGCUGACAUAGAGGAUGAAAAACAAGAGGAAGGUGAUAAACCAGAAGACAAAGAGCCACAAACAGAUGCAGCUCAAAUCAAAGACAAAUUGAUAUGUCCAGAAGCACCAAUAUUGACUUCAGAAGAAGAUGCAGUUCAGUCCAUUAAUCAGCCAGUGCUGUUCUCAGAAAACAUUUCAUCCACUGUAACAAAUACAAAAGAACUUGAACUGGUAAAGUCUCUCCCUGAAGAAAAUGAAGAACAAGCUGACAAAGAAAGACAAAAAACAAUUCCUACACUGGAGUCUUCUGAUGCUACACAAGUUUCUGAUGUUAAAGGAGCCACUGAUGUUGUACAAGAAGCCACAGACAAUGUUCAAGAAGACAUAUUGGCAUCAGGAGAAAGCAGAGUGGAGGUUCUAGAAAAAGAUGCAAUGCCUACUGAUACCACACCAGAAGCAGAAAUUCAAGGAAUCAUUGAAGUGGAGGAUGCUCCUGAAACAGAGAAUGAUGAGGAACCAGAAGCUGCUGCAGUUCCACCAGAUGCAGUAGCAAUUAGCUCUGUAGCAUCUGAUGUGGAAGUGAUACAUGACGCUUCAGCAUUGGAAACAGUCACAGAAGAACUAAUUAUUACAGAAUCAAAGGAACCUCCACCUGUGGAACUAGUAGGUUCGCCUCCUAGUCCACAAGAUAUUGCCUCAGAUUUAGAGACGUGCAAAUCAGCAACUGCACCAAGUGAUGAGGAAAGUAAAACUCAGGAACCUGAAACGCAAACAUUACUUCAAGAUGUUCCACAGCCAGAAGACAUUGCUCCAGAAAAAUCAGAGGGGAAAGAUGUACUGCAGCUGGAUCAGAAAACUGAUACUAAACCAUGCGAUGCUAAGGUUGAGCAUGAAGAAAAUGUUCUUGAGAACAUGGAGGGGUUACCAGCAUUGACAGCAGUUCAUGUAUCCUCAGUUAAUGAGGAGGCAAGGACUGCCAAGAUCCUAGAAAGAACAACAUGUCCUGAGGAAACCAAGCCAGUUUGUGUAGACCUGGCUGAAGUUUCAGAAGAACCUAAAAGUGAAGUGAAUCUUCGUGAGCAGCAGGAAACGGUAGAGGGGGAUAAAACGGGCCUACUUUCAGCUGCUGAGAUAAAGGUGGCUGCCACUGAUCAACCCGUCAUAUCACAAGAAGUUAUGAGUAAUUUAAAAGACGUUUCAAGUGAGAGACCUAAUGUUGUGGUUCAAGAAGUUUUGAUGAGUAAAACGGCCAGUGAGAUAGAAAUAAAUGAAACAGUAGAGACUGCAACCCCAUUAGUGCUAGAUGACAUUAAUCAGGCAGCAGAGCCGAGCAUUGCUGUUGUGACAAUGCGUGUGCCGCCUGUGGAGAUCGAGGUGAAUCACAAAGUCCAGGUGCACCUGAUGGAUGUGGAUAUCAGAACAGCCCAGAACGCCGUUGACACAGUGAUCCAAGUAGGCAUUACAGAAGAUAAGGAAGUCAUUGAUGUGUGCCAUGAAAGCAUUCAGAAAGUAGACAACCUCUUAGCCACUGCUGGAGUUGAAGAAGAAACUACUAUUGAAGAAAUCCAGGUGACAGUUCAAGACGUUAUGCAGCAUGUGACGAGUAACUUACUGGAAACGCCAUCCAAGAUGGUCACUCAACAUGUAGAACAAGCCAUUGAUGAGUCAGAACGUAUGAUAGAAGUAUGUGAGACAGACCAAAAGGAAUCACUUGAGACGGAAGAUGAGAAGGUGAUCAUUGACGGCUCUGAGAUGGCCGUCAAAAGACAAGAGGAGGAGACCACUGUCAUCACUGAGAACACUGGAAUCCCGGCUGAGCAAGAAGGCCUUGAAGAAUCCGAGGUACCUUUAAUUAUUCCACAAGGCCCAGACAUCUCCAUCGAGGAUCACAAAGAGGAUUUGGAGGAAGCAAAACCUGACAAGCCAGAAGUAUGCGCCGCAGCAAGAGAUGUAAGAACAGAGGAAUUAGCUGGAAAGGGUCCAAAUGAAACCACCAUGGAACCUCUGGCAAGUCCUCAAAGACAGCUCGUUACACCUGACAAUGCUGGAUUAGCAGUCCCCCAAAACACUGGAGUAAUCUCAUCAGUAGGCAACCUGGAGUCCCCUUCUAGCCUGUCUUUAGAGUUCAAACUGAACAUACAGUUUGCUCAAGCCAAAGCCUCAACAUGGCCCUCCGCUGCACCUAUAGAGAGAAUUGAACCCGUGAAGCAGGUGGAUGUUUCUGAAGCUGGAGUUCAGGCAGAGGAGUCAGCAGAGUCUGUACGUCAAAGAGAUGAAAGCAAGAAACAGACAGAGCUAAAUGAGGUUGCAGUGCAGGCAACCAGUAUCACAGAACCAGAAGCGGACUCACAUUUAAUCCAAAGGGCUGUGAUUGCAAGUCCGCCAGUGCUACUGGAUGUGGGUAUCCAAGCAGUGGAAACAAUAGCGCCAUUGGAACAAACCCAAUCUACUGAAAGAGUCAUUGCAGAGGUUCAGACAAUGGAGGUUUGCCAAGUAGCAAGACAAGAGAAGAGAGCAGUGCUCCUGAGAAAGCCUCUGCUCUCCGAGGUGAAAAAGGGUUGGGCCUUCAGACAAUCAGAGGACGAAAACGAUCAAGAUGUUUGGCUGGACGCAGAGGAGGACAUCUAUCCACAGCAGGACAUGCAAGCAUCCACAGAAAAGGUGGCUGAACGUGUCAAGCUGCAGAGUGAAAGUGAAGAAAAGAAUGAAACAGAGCCUGAGCUGGAGUUUGAGCCAUGCAGCCUGGAGGCUGAGGACACCGAAAGUCAACCAGACGCGCUGAAAAAAGAAACGAGUGAAAUGGAAAGUGAAGGGGAGGAUUUCACUGUUGCACUCGAGGACCUGGGAACCAGUGUCUCUGCAGUGGAAUGAAGCUAACACAUCCCGACUCUGGGGUUAAUGACAGGUUGGACAAUCAUAACAAAGGACGAACGUUCCGAAAAGCCAUUGCAGUGUUUCCUGUGACAUCAAGUUAAUCCAGUAAUAUUUCCAUAUUUAGUGGUGAAACCAUUCUUGAUUUUAAACCUAACAUUAAUUAUGACAGAGGUGUGGUUAGAGAAGUUUGGACAGGGAAACCGUUACCUUCUCAGGGUGACUGCAGUGAUUUCAGGUGUGAACGCAUCAACCUCUCACUAAAACAUGGCUGUUCCAAAGUGUGCAACUUAGACUACUAAUCAUGUCCAAUUCUUCCACUUUUAACAUUAUAUUAAUUUUUUUAUUUUUUGAAAAGUUAGUGAUUUUAACACUAUCUGAGAGAAUUCGGAAUCAGUAUUUACGUUUGUACACUGACACUGCACACACCUUUUUUAUAUACUAAUAUAUGUAGAUACUUCGCAGCCUGUCCUAUUUAUGGCCACAUAUAUUUCAUCAUUCAGCCUUUUAGUUAUUUCACCUGCAGAGCCUUGUAAAAGGGUUCAUACUCCUUGAACAUUUUCACAUUUUGUUAAGCAACAACCACAAACUCAAAUGCAUUUUGUAAGGAAAAUUACCCGUUUUUUUUUUCUACGAAUAAUCUUAAAAGUGUGAAAGUUAUUUGUAUUCAUCUCCUCUGAAACAAUACUUUAUACAUUGAAAUUUUCCUGCAAUCCCAGCUGCAAGAGUUUUGGCGUCUACCAACUUUGCACAUCUAGAAAUCAAAUUUCUUUGCUUAUUCUUUACAAAAAAGCUCAAACUCUGACAGAUUGGUUAAAUAGUAUCUAUUUCAAGCGUGUCACAGCUGAUUUAGGUCCAGAUUUCGACUUGAUUAUCCUAACACAACAAAAAUUAUUUGAUCUAAACCAUUCCAUGAAACUUUGGUUUCAUUUUUAGAGUCAAAGCCUCCUUAUAGUAGCUUGCUUGCACAAGCGCCACAUCUACCCUUUAAAUUUUCAGAUGACGAAUUAAACAAAGCUCUGUGACAUGUUCAGAUUGUGAAAUGUUUUUUUUUUUUUAAAAUAACCCUGUGCUAAACUCCACAACCGUAACAGAAUGUAAUAAAUUUUAUUUAAAGCUAGCUGAGUAAAGGGACUGGAUAUAAAAGCACACCACACUUUUGAGAUGUAUUUGUAAACAAAGUAGAAAACCAUGAUGUUUGUUCCACCCUACAGUUACGCGCUAUUUUACUUUGCUAUACAAUCAUAUUGAUACAGCGCUGUGUGCGGCUGUAAUGUGACAGAAACAAGAACGUUUAUGUGGGAAUGAAUACAUGUUUGAAUGUGAGUCCUUUACGGUUUUGCGAAAUGUAUUACAGACCUAAACAUAUUUCAGAUAUGUUAUUAUAUUUUAUCUUGUACAUAAUGUCUGUUUUAAAGCUUACCCAGGCUCUAUAGUGCAUAUUUGCAGUCAAAAAGAGAUACCUGUCAGGAUCUGUGUUUUCUGUGUUCAUUUAGAGUUUUUUGUGUCCUUGCGUCUCUUCGUUGUCCUGUCCUCCCCUUGAUUGUU